UAAGGUUCAGCCCCCUCCGAGUGUGCGUGUGUCUGAGUAGCAAAGAUAACGAAAGUAGGGCAGGGUCGGAGGACUGUGUCUGAACGCGAUCGGUAGUCCUAACGAUUUCCCAACUUGUGCGAGUGGUUGCGCGCUGACUGUAGCACCGACUAAAGGAUUCAAGAAAAAAACUCCUUUUGCUUUCUAGGAAGAUGGCCGUUCCGAAGACCACUGUACGGUUUUGACGGGGGGUUUAUGCACACGCUGAAACCUGCGUUCCUGGGCAACUUUUGAAACUAAGAACGCGGCGUGGAGACCCGCAAGAAUGUUGACACUAGACGGUAACUGUCUUAUUUGCGUGGACAAAUCCAGGAAGAUGGCUGGUCGUGCAUUCGAAGAUUAAGGUGUAGUAGCUGAAGCGCAUGGCCGCCUGUCAACAGAGUUGUGAUUAUCUACCUGUGUGGAUGAAUAUGCGCUUGGCACAAUUUCAUCCACCCAUAGGGAGGAUUCUGUUCUCGAAAUACCAGUAGACCAUGCACUUCCGACUAGUUAUUUUGACUGUGUUUCAAGCGUGGUUAUCUAAUAAACCCAGUUAUUCAGAUCGCCUUGUGAAAUCAGAUUAAGAAUAAUGGAUAAACUGUGCAACAGCGAUGUGCACACUGUUGCUGUGGAAAAAUACGUAACGUUGCAUGGAUUACACCUUUGAAAACGGGACAGCUAGCUGGCUAACUAUCUUGAGGGAACUGUGUGCUGUUGUCUGAAACAACGCCGAAAUUGAUAGAUGUUCAACGAUUCGAAAAUGAAUCAAGACCCCGGAGAGAUAUCCGUCUCGGUUCCCUCUUUCGCUCCGUCCUCAGACGCUGAAGGCGAUCGUGACAUCCACGCUUGCCCCCGGGAAGGUGGCACCAGUAGUGCCACCGUAAUUCCCGCAGCCGGGACUUUUUGGCAGGACUCCGUGGUGAGUGGGAGCAUCAGUCCCGGUGUCAUAAACUGCUCCGAGAGCGGCGGCGGUUUGCUGUCAACGGGGAAAUGCAAGAGCAGACCCGUCACGGUGGCAUAUGUGAUCAACAACGAAAUUAACCAGGCUCACGCUGCCGAGAACAUGGCCUUGCAGUGUUUGAAAGACGCGUGUGACACCGUAGGAAGUAAGCUGGAGACCGUGCACUUCGGAAAGCUCGAUUUUGGGGAAACGGCCGUGCUGGAUCGUUUCUACAAUGCAGACAUCGCCGUUGUGGAGAUGACAGACGCGUUUCGCCAGCCCUCCCUCUUCUACCACCUGGGCGUGAGGGAGAGCUUCAGCAUGGCCAACAACAUCAUCCUCUACUGCGACUCCAACUCUGACUCCCUGCAGUCUCUACAGGAGAUCAUUUGUCAGAAGAACACUACGUGCACAGGGAACUACACCUUCAUCCCCUACAUGGUGACGCCCCACAACAAGGUGUACUGCUGUGAGAGCAGCCUGAUGAAGGGGCUGACCGAGCUGAUGCAGCCCAGCUUCGAGAUGCUGCUGGGCCCCAUCUGCCUGCCGCUGGUGGACCGCUUCGUCCAGCUGCUCAAGGUGCCACAGGUCAACUCCUGCCAGUACUUUCGCGAGACCAUGCUGAACGAGAUUCGGAAAGCCAGGGAGCUGUACACGGGGGUGGAGCUAGCGGCGGAGCUGGGCCGGAUCCAGCAGCGAUUGGACAACGUGGAGUGUCUGUCAGCCGACAUCGUCAUCAACCUGCUUUUGUCCUACAGGGAUAUCCAGGACUAUGAGUCCAUCGUGAAGCUGGUGGAGACUCUGGAGAAGCUUCCGACAUUCGAUCCCUUCGCGCACCCCCACGUCAAAUUCCACUACGCCUUCGCUCUGAAUCGGAGGAACCUGCCCGGGGACAGACAGAAGGCCCUGGACAUCAUGCUACCUCUGGUGGAGUCAGAGAAGCAGGUGGCCUCAGACAUAUACUGCCUGGUGGGACGCAUCUACAAGGACAUGUUUCUGGACUCGCAUUUCACCGACACAGACAGCCGGGACAGCGGCACAUACUGGUUCAAGAAGGGGUUUGAGUCGGAGCCAACGCUUCAUUCGGGGAUAAACUACGCUGUCCUGCUCCUGGCGGCGGGCCACCAGUUUGACACCUCUUUCGAGCUCCGCAAAGUUGGAGUGAAGCUGAGCAGCCUUCUGGGAAAAAAGGGCAGCCUUGACAAACUACAGAGCUACUGGGAUGUGGGCUUCUUCCUGGGGGCCAGCAUCCUGGCCUGUGACAACAUGCGGGUCAUCCAGGCGUCUGAGAAGCUCUUCAAACUCAAGGCCCCUGUCUGGUAUUUGCGUUCCCUUGUGGAGACCAUACUGAUUUACCAGCAGUUCAAAAAGCCGUCUGGAGAGCAGCAGGCGCCGAAGCAGGAGCUGGUGGAUUUCUGGAUGGACUUCCUGGUGGAGGCGACAAAGAAGGAUGUCUCCUCUGUGCGCUUCCCAGUUUUGAUACUGGAGCCCACUAAAGUCUAUCAGCCUUCGUAUUUGUCUAUCAACAACGACGUGGAGGAGAAGACCGUUUCGAUCUGGCACGUGGCCCCGGAUGACAAGCAGAAAGGGAUUCAUGAGUGGAACUUCCCAGCCACGUCGGUGCGGGGUGUGAGCAUCUCCAAGUUCGAUGAGCGAAGCUCCUUCCUCUACGUGCUGCACAACUCCGAGGACUUCCAGAUCUACUUUUGUACAGAGAUGCACUGCAAAAGGUUCUGUGACCUGGUGAACAGCAUCACAGAGGAGGCGUGGAAGGGUCCGGAAGAAGGGGAGUGUGACACAGAGGCUCUGGAGUACGACUAUGAGUACGAUGAGCACGGGGAGAGGGUAGUGCUGGGAAAGGGCACGUUCGGAGUGGUGUACGCGGGACGGGACCUUAGCAACCAGGUGCGACUGGCCAUCAAGGAGAUCCCGGAGAGGGACAGCAGGUACUCUCAGCCUCUGCAUGAGGAGAUUGCCCUUCACAAGCACCUGAAGCACAAAAACAUCGUGCAGUACCUGGGCUCCAUCAGCGAGAAUGGCUUCAUCAAGAUCUUCAUGGAGCAAGUUCCUGGAGGAAGCCUCUCCGCUCUCCUGAGGUCUAAGUGGGGUCCCCUCAAGAACAACGAGCCCACCAUCGGCUUCUACACCAAACAGAUCCUGGAGGGCCUCAAAUACCUGCAUGACAAUCAGAUCGCCCACCGCGACAUAAAGGGGGACAACGUCCUGAUAAACACAUACAGCGGGGUGCUGAAGAUUUCGGAUUUUGGGACCUCAAAAAGGCUGGCUGGCAUCAACCCUUGCACGGAAACCUUCACUGGGACCCUGCAGUACAUGGCUCCAGAAAUCAUUGACAAGGGCCCCAGGGGCUACGGCAAGCCGGCGGACAUCUGGUCUCUGGGCUGCACCAUCAUCGAGAUGGCCACGGGCAAGCCCCCCUUCUACGAGCUGGGGGAGCCACAGGCCGCCAUGUUCAAGGUGGGGAUGUUUAAAAUCCACCCUGAGAUCCCGGAGUCCAUGUCCCUGGAGGCCAAGGCCUUCAUCCUGCGCUGCUUCGAGCCAGACCCCGACCGGCGAGCCACCGCCCUGGACCUGCUCACCGACGAGUUCCUCACCGUCACCAGCCGCAAGAAGAGGAACAAGAGCAACUUCACAGCUCUGACACCAGGAUCAGAGUACCUGCGUAGCAUCUCCCUGCCCGUGCCCGUCGUGGUGGAGGACACCAGCAGCAGCAGCGAGUACGGCUCCGUCUCCCCCGACAACGAGCUCAACACCAACCCCUUCGUCUUCAAGCCCAGCACCAAGUGCUACAGCGAGCGGGACGUGAAGGGCCACAGGUCCCUGUUCCUGAGCAUUCCCGUGGAGAAUUUCGAGGACCACAGCGCGCCCCCGUCCCCCGAGGAGAAGGACUCGGGCUUCUUCAUGCUGAGGAAGGACAGCGAGAGGAGGGCCACGCUGCACCGCAUCCUGACCGAGGACCGCGACAAAGUGGUGACCAACCUCAUGGAGGCGCUGACCCAGGGCCCCGAGGAGACCACGCUCCAGCGGCAGCACAUCUCCACGCUGGUGGUCAGCCUGGGAGAGUUUGUGCGCAUGGCCGACCGCAAGAUCAUCGCCAGCACCCUCUCCCAGCUCAAGCUGGAGCUGGACUUCGACAGCACCGCCAUCAGCCAGCUGCAGGUGGCGCUGUUCGGCUUCCAGGACGCGGUGAACAAAGUGCUGCGGAAUCACAACAUUAAGCCUCACUGGAUGUUCGCCCUGGACAAUAUCAUCCGCAAAGCCGUGCAGACCGCCAUCACCAUCCUGGUGCCAGAGCUGAGGCCUCAUUUCAGCUUAGCGUCCGAGAGCGACCCGGCCGACCAGGAGGACAUGGACGAUGAAAUGGAGCCAGAGGGAAGCCCCGCCCACCAGAGCAGGGCGGCGCCCAGUGCCCCGCACGACGACACGGUGGCCACCUCCGGAGUGAGCACGCUCAGUUCGACCGUCUCGCACGAGUCUCACGCCGCCCAGCGCUCCGUCAGCAUGGAGCUGGGGAGGAUGAAGCUGGAGACCAACAGGUUGCUGGAGGAGCUGCUGGCCAAGGAGCGGGAGUACCAGGCCAUCCUGCAGCAGGUGCUUGAAGAGAGGGAGCAGGAGAUCAAACUACUGAGGGCCAGGUCUGAGCCCAUAGAUACCCCAGCAUCCUCAGUGACCCUCCGGACCCCCUCCUCAGUGGAGCAGGGUGAUACGGAGCUGGCCAGCUGGCUGAGAGUCCAUGGCGCUGACGAGGACUCCGUGGAGAGGAUUCUGGCUGAAGAAUAUACACUGUCUGACAUGCUUCACUAUGUGACAAGAGAUGACCUGAAGAGUUUGAGAUUAAGAGGUGGAAUCCUGUGCAAACUGUGGAAGGCAAUCGCAGACUACAGAGAGAAACCUUCCUGAAUCCCGCAGGGAGCGGAGGACUUUGACCAGGAAUGAACUUGCGCUCUCUCUCUGCAUCACUGCACUUUGCCCUUACUAUUUAUUAGACCAAAAUGCUGACGUUCACUCCCCAGUGCUACUAAUGUUAUAUCAUCAGGUGAUGAAGAAAGCAUUCCAGUUAAGUGCAUAUUGUACAUAUAUUUAGCUGAGAAAUUUGCAUAACAUACUACGUGUCCUUAUUUUUGUUGAGUAUUUAAUUCCUUUGGGGUAUACUCCAUUAGUGAAGCAAAUUAUUGGAGUUAUGGGUACAUAUUAUUUCAAC